CAGCAUGCGGGUCACGGCGUGGCGGCUGCUGCUGGCGGCCGCCUCGGCCGUGGCGCUCGCCGUCACGCUGCACCUCGGGCAGCAGGUCCUGGAGUGCCAGCAGGUGCUGAGCGAGCGGCGGCAGCGCCGCAUGAGGCCCGAGAGCGAGGAGCUGGUCGUGAUGGGCGCCAACCACGUGGAGUACCGCUACAGCAAGGAGAUGCCGCUGAUAUUCGUCGGCGGCGUCCCGCGCAGCGGCACCACGCUCAUGAGGGCCAUGCUGGACGCCCACCCCGAGGUGCGCUGCGGGGAGGAGACCCGCAUCAUCCCCCGCGUGCUGGCCAUGCGCCAGGCCUGGUCCAAGUCGGGCCGCGAGAAGAUGCGCCUGGACGAGGCCGGCGUGACGGACCAGGUGCUGGACGCCGCCAUGCAGGCCUUCAUACUGGAAGUGAUCGCCAAGCACGGCGAGCCCGCCCGCUAUUUGUGUAACAAGGACCCGUUCACCUUGAAGUCCUCCGUCUACCUGUCCAGACUGUUUCCCAACUCCAAGUUCCUGCUCAUGGUUCGAGACGGCCGCGCGUCCGUGCACUCGAUGAUCACGAGGAAGGUGACGAUCGCAGGCUUCGACCUGAACAGCUACCGCGACUGCCUCACCAAGUGGAACAAGGCGAUCGAGGUGAUGUAUUCGCAGUGCCUGGAGGUCGGGCGCGCCCGCUGCCUGCCCGUCUACUACGAGCAGCUGGUCCUGCACCCCGAGCACUCCAUGCACACCAUCAUGAAGUUCCUCGGCAUCUCCUGGAGCGACGCCGUGCUGCACCACGAGGAGCUCAUCGGCAAGCCCGGGGGAGUGUCUCUGUCCAAGAUAGAAAGAUCAACAGACCAGGUCAUCAAGCCUGUGAACCUGGAGGCGCUAUCCAAGUGGAUCGGCCACAUCCCGGGGGAUGUUGUGCAGGACAUGGCCCACAUAGCACCAAUGCUCGCCCGGCUCGGCUACGACCCGUACGCCAACCCGCCCAACUACGGCAACCCGGACCCCUUGGUGGUCAACAACACGCACAGGGUUCUGAAGGGGGAUUAUAAAACACCAGCCAAUUUGAAAGGUCAUCUCCAGGUGACUCAGAACACAUCGUCCUCUCACUAAAAAAUUAUUGAUUUCCAGAGAGCUGCAGAGGGCCGUACGUAGUCCGAAAGGAAGAGUCCGCAGUCGCAGAGGCGGAAAUCUGUUCUCCAAGCAUAUUGCUUGCUACUACUAUUGCCAAAAUGACUGCUCCGCGAGGAAUGUAUUUGCAUUUAUGUGCAAAGGCCAAACGUUUUGCGCCUGGAGCAUCAGGGCCCUCCCUGCUCCCGGUGCUCCGUGGUGAACAGCAGCUGUGGACCCCGUUCCCGACUCCUCCAAGGGCCGUGGAAGGAGAUUUAGGGCUGUCGCGCGA